AAAAAAAACAUGCUCAGCAACAAGUUGCUUUUUGUGCGGAGUUAACCCACAAAGUUCCCGACGCAGGAGGUCAAGAAAGAACUACUUGACUGGAAGCAAUUGGAAAGAUUUGGUCCGUCCAUCUUCAAGUGGUCUUUGUGUGCGUUGAAGCUUCGCAGCCUAGUUAGCUUAGCUUAGCUUGCGAACACAAAACAACGUGGUUCGAUACUUGAACAUCAACUUGGAGCCUCGGAAAGUGUGCAAAAUGCCUGCAACAAGGACGCAAGACGCAAAGGUCGAGGAGGAACUUUGUGGCGCAAAAGGUCCGCGACGACAUCAACUCUCGACUGCUUGCAAAGUGCAAGUAAAAGUUGUUAUCCCCAGACCGUCAGGUUUCAGCAAACAUUUUGGUCCUGACGCUCAACAGCUAAAGAGAGAAGUACAACUUCCAAUCAAAAAGGAGGAGGUAGAGCUGCCAUACAUUAAAGAGGAGGACGAUAUCACCAUGUCGAUUGGUGAGCCCUUGAAAAGCGAGGAUGGUCCGAGUGAGGCCAGCAGAGGGACGGAGUCUCCAAGUGGCAGCAGCAGCAGCAGCUCAACAGAAGGAUCGCAAUCACACAUUUUUAUCGCACCAUCAGAUAGAAAUGGCACCACGUCACACUCACCUUACAAAGAUGAUGGUCAGAAGAAAUCUCACCGUGGGAAAACCUUUGCUAAUAACAAUACUUGCGGUAUGAACAUGAGGGGACACACUGGUGAAAAUGUCUGCUCAGUUUGUGGUCAAAAAUUUACUCACAAGAGCAAAUUAGACACACACACAAGAACCCACACUGGUGAAAAACCUUUUUCCUGCUCAGUUUGUUGUCAAAAAUUCAAUCAGAGGAGCAACUUAAUUCGACACACAAGAACCCACACUGGCGAAAAACUUUUUUCCUGCUCAGAUUGCUUUCAAAAAUUCACUCAGAGGGGCAACUUAAUUAGACACACAAGAACCCACACUGGCAAAAAACCUUUUUCCUGCUCAGUUUGUGAUCAAAAAUUCACUCAGAAGAGCAACUUAAUUAGACACACAAGAACCCACACUGGUGAAAAACCUUUUUCUUGCUCAAUUUGUAAUCACAGGUUCACUGCAAAGAAAAACUUACAAGCACACAGAAGAACCCACACUGGCGAAAAACCUUUUUCCUGCUCAGUUUGUGGAAAAAGAUUCACUCAGAAGAGCAGCUUAAACACACACAUAAGAACCCACGCUGGUUAAAAACCUUUUUCCUGCUCAGUUUGUGGUCGAAAAUUCGCUGACAAGGAUCGGAUUAAGAGACGUGUAUAGACCCUACUCACCUACGUCACAAAAUGGGCGUGUCGCUGUCUCCGGCCGCCAUAUUGUACCUCUUUUUCAGACCUAUUCUCAUUGUUUUCAAUUAGUCGAGCAAGUUAUAGAGCAAUUCAUGGAAGCCCCGGUGUUAUCUGACGCUGUAAACUCAUUGGAUCCGUUGCAUAAAAGGCGUUACGUGGAAAAGCUUCAGUUUAUCCAUUUGCCAGAUCCGUAUUUGAUGCCUAAAUCGAUGUUUUUCGACCCGCUGGCUUCGCCUGACAUCUGAUAUCCUGAUAUUUACAACAAUCUUGUCCACACAAAAUCAGCCUAUUCUCACGAAAGUUUGAAAAACUUUAAGAGCUUGGAGGCUUAUAAAUGCUACGUUGCUGGUUGGGUGAAACAGGUCCUCGUACACGAAAAUUCGGCAGGAAUCUUGUGCUCGGAAGGAUCUUCUCCACAACAGUAUCUCGGACCUGCCUGGUGUGUUCCUUGGUUUUCAUAAUGCUCUCUGCACUUUAAACAGAACCCUGAGACUAUCACAGAGCAGGUGCAUUUAUACGGAGACUUGAUUACACACAGGUGGAUUCUAUUUAUCAUCAUCGGUCAUUUAGGACA